UUUUUUCAAGGUUUGCCCUGCUAACAGCGCGGGAACUUUCGGCAGACAGAGGUGGGAUCAAUGAACAAGGUUCGGUAAAAGCAGCAAUAAGCGGUUAUGGAUCCUUCAGAAGUUGAAUUUCUUGCUGAGAAAGAGUUUGUGAAAAUAAUACCUAACUUCAGUUUGGACAAGAUCUAUUUAAUCGGAGGAGAUUUAGGCCCCUUCAACCCCGGGCUUCCCGUUGAUGUACCCGUGUGGUUGGCUUUAAACCUAAAACAAAGACAGAAAUGCAGGAUUCUUCCCCCGGAGUGGAUGGAUGUCGACAAACUGGAGGAGAUGCGAGAGCUAGAGAGAAAAGAGGAGGCCUUCACUCCCGCUCCCAGUCCGUAUUACAUGGAACUGACCAAACUCUUACUGAACCACGCGUCUGACAACAUUCCUAAAGCUGAUGAGAUCCGAACGCUUGUGAAAGACAUCUGGGACACUCGGAUUGCUAAACUGCGUCUGUCUGCGGACAGUUUCAUCAGGCAGCAGGAGGCCCACGCUCAGCUGGACAACCUGACUCUGAUGGAGAUCAACACCAUAAGAGAGUUCCUCCUUGACUCUCUGAACUGCAUGUACAAGCUGCGCUCCAACCUGCAGCCUGGUUCCUCUAAGGGCCGGUUUGCUGACUACUGAAGCCUCUUUGGAUGCGGGAUGAUGAUGUUUAGAAGACUUCAACAUUUGAACUAUCCUGUUUCUACUACCAAGGCGCUGCGUUUCUGGAAGUUUUCUACUCUCAUUUUAACAAACUUCUGUGAGGAAGAUCAGCAUUUAUGAGACGCCUGUUUCAGAAGGAUCAGCUGUGUAUAAUAGUGUUAAUUUAAAGGUGUUUUUACCAUGUGAAAAAAUAAAUGUACUUGUUUAUGCUG